CAUUGUGCGACCGACACCAUUAGCAAUUCCAGCUGCAGUGACUGUAGUCUGGCUCGUUGGCGGCAAUUCCUUCCUCUGGACUUAAAUUGAAAAGCAUGGAAGAGUUUCUGGUGCGCAUUGUGGAUAAGUGAAAACAUCGGGUUACUACAUAGGUGCAGCUGGUUCUGCAGCAACGCUGUGCGUGCGCUACAAACUAAGGCGGCCAGCGUCCCAUGCUGUUGGCAGAGAGACGUUCGCCACCCUUCCCGCUUUUGUUUGUUCGACGCUGCGUUAAUCGUGUAGGCGAAGCGUCGGGCGAGCUUCAUUUUCGACUUGGAUCAGACGAGUACAGAAGGCAGGAAGGAGCAGAGCACCCGUAACGCCAACCUUCUGUACUAUUCCUUCCAGCCAGCGGAGACAGGAGCACGUCAGAGCAUGAGCUCAGCUCGCAGGCUACUGCUGGUUGCAGCCUUGGCGCUCGCCAUUGCAGCAGAUGCUCGAACGGAGGCGACAGUGUCAACUCUGACACUCUCUCCUACCGCUGAUUCUCUAAUAACUACGAGGGGUGGUUCGACCAAGUUCGAUACUCCAUCGACCCCUGCUGUCAUUGGUAGCGCCGCCUCGGAUACCAAUAAGUUUACACAAGCCCCAGCAACUCAGGCCCCUGCUACCACAGCACCUCCUACUCGUAGUGAAUCGAAAGAAACGGAACCUCCUGCUACCACAGCGCCACCUAUCAGCAGUGAAUCGGAUUCAGCGUCUGCAUCUGACAGCCACGAGCAGGACGCAGCUGAUACCCCCGCAAAGGUUAGAUCAUCAGACCGCAGUUCUCUUGACUCUGCAACGCAAACCGAUGCUACACCAUCGGCGUCGACAUCCUCCAAGUCGACGACAGCUUCCGUUGACACUCUUAACGACAGCAACAGUGGGUUAAGUACUGGCAAAGCGUCUAAUAUUGCCGCUGUUGUUCCGUCCGUCUUUGGGGCUCUUGCCUGCGUCGGUGCAAUUAUCAUGGCUGUGACGUACAAGAGGAAGCGUGAUAGGAGUGGAGAUGACAGCGACAACCGUCUCAGCUCCGACUGUGAAUACACAGGAGGGGCGGACUUCACCCCUGAAAACCGAACGCUUACCACAGUACAGGAAGGGGACACACCAAAUGCAGUUGGCAUCGACGUGGUUCCGUCUUCAGCGAUCGUAGAUUUCACAGGAACCGACUCGUCCGUUAGUUCAACAUCUCCGUUUGGCAGUACGCGCUGCAAGGUGCGCGUGAGCUCUCCCAUUACGGGCUACUGCACGAAUAGCGAGCCCAACAUGGAAUUCCAGGACACUUUCCCUCGCCAUGAAGGUGGAAGCAACGUAGUGCUCACUUUUGACGAGGUGCCAACCGAGUCCAGACGUGGAGCGCCCCAAGUUCAGCUGUAAGUUUACAGCUUGUAAAUAACGCAUAGCAAGUUGAUUCAGUCGUGUCGCUCAGUUUUUGUCAUGGAAAGCAGAACAGCAGCAGCUUAAUAAAAGUUUACUUGCAAAAUAACGUUAUUUUCGGCAUGCAC